AUAUAAACCUACCUUAUUGACUGCCGAGACCGCGUCCAGCUCGGGACCACCGCACCUCGCCCAGCCGCUCCGCCGCCGCUCCACACCCCCGCUCAGCUCACCAUGGAUGACGAUAUCGCCUCGCUCGUGGUCGACAAUGGCUCCGGCAUGUGCAAGGCAGGCUUCACGGGCGACGAUGCCCCCCGGGCCGUCUUCCCCUCCAUCGUGGGGCGUCCGCGGCACCAGGGUGUGAUGGUGGGCAUGGGCCAGAAGGACUCGUACGUGGGCGACGAGGCCCAGAGCAAGCGUGGCACCCUGAUGCUCAAGUACCCCAUCGAGCACGGCAUCGUGACCAACUGGGACGACAUGGAGAAGAUCUGGCACCACACCUUCUACAACGAGCUGCGCGUGGCCCCGGAGGUGCACCCAGUGCUGCUGACCGAGGCCCCCCUGAACCCCAAGGCCAACUGCGAGAAGAUGACCCAGAUCAUGUUCGAGAUGUCCAACACGCCGGCCAUGUACGUGGCCAUCCAGGCCGUGCUGUCCCUGUACGCCUCUGGCCGCACCACAGGCAUCGUGACGGACUCCGGCGACGGGGUCACCCACACGGUGCCCAUCUACGAGGGCUACGCGCUGCCGCACGCCUUCCUGCGUCUGGACCUGGACGGUCGGGACCUGACCAGCUACCUCAUGAAGAUCCUCACGGAGCGCGGCUACAGCUUCACCACCACGGCAGAGCGCGAGAUCAUGCGCUACAUCAAGGAGGAGCUGUGCUACGUGGCGCUGGACUUCGAGCAGGAGAUGGCCAGGGCCGCGUCCUCCUGCUCCCUGGAGAAGAGCUACGAGCUGCCCGACAGCCAGGUCAUCACCAUCGGCAACGAGCACUUCUGCUGCCCCGAGGUGCUGUUCCAGCCCUCCUUCCUGGGCAUGGAGUCGUGCGGCAUCCACGAGACCACCUUCAACUCGAUCAUGGAGUGCGACGUGGACAUCCGCAAGGACCUGUACGCCAACAUGGUGCUGUCAGGCUGCACCACCAUGUACCCCGGCAUCGCCGACCACACACAGAAGGAGAUCACUGCCCUGGCACCCAGCACCAUGAAGAUCAAGAUCAUCGCUCCCACCGAGCGCAAGUACUCGGUGUGGAUCGGCGGCUCCAUCCUGGCCUCGCUGUCCACGUUCCAGCAGAUGUGGAUCAGCAAGCAGGAGUACGACGAGUCGGGCCCCUCCAUCGUGCACCGCAAGUGUUUCUAGGCGGACUGUUAACCGCAGUGGCGGGACACCCUCUCUCGACGAAACCU